AUGCCCGGAUCCCAGACUCCAGACCCCAGAUCCCGGACCCAGACCCUGAACCCUGGGCCCCAGACCCCAGACCCCGAAGUCUGGACUCUGAGCCCCAGACUCCACGUCCCAAGUUCUAGAUCCCGGACCCAGAUCCUGAACCCUGGGCCCCAGACCCCAGACCCCGAAGUCUGGACUCUGAGCCCCAGACUCCAAGUCCCAAGUGCUAGAUCCCAGACCCAGACCCUGAACCCUGGGCCCCAGACCCCAGACCCCGAAGUCUGGACUCUGAGCCCCAGACUCCACGUCCCAAGUUCUAGAUCCCAGACCCAGACCCUGAACCCUGGGCCCCAGACCCCAGACCCCGAAGUCUGGACUCUGAGCCCCAGACUCCACGUCCCAAGUUCUAGAUCCCGGACCCAGACCCUGAACCCUGGGCCUCAGACCCCAGACCCCGAAGUCUGGACUCUGAGCCCCAGACUCCAAGUCCCAAGUGCUAGAUCCCAGACCCAGACCCUGAACCCUGGGCCCCAGACCCCAGACCCCGAAGUCUGGACUCUGAGCCCCAGACUCCACGUCCCAAGUUCUAGAUCCCGGACCCAGACCCUGAACCCUGGGCCCCAGACCCCGAAGUCUGGACUCUGA